GGGUUUUGAUAGUUUUGCUGAAAGUCACUGAUCAUGGCGGCGCUCACUAGGUUAUUCACGCUAUUUGGCUUGCUUGUGUCCCUUGGUGUAGUGUUGGGACAGAGUAAUACGACGACAGAAUGGCCGCUACAUGACAAUGGCCUGACGGACCUUGUAGAAUGGGAUCACUAUAGUAUCCUUAUCAAUGGUGAGCGGCUUUUUGUCUUCUCCGGCGAGUUUCACUACUGGCGCUAUCCUGUCCCGGAAUUAUGGAGGGAUUUGCUCGAGAAAGUCAAGGCCGCAGGCUUCAAUGCCUUCUCCAUAUACAACCACUGGGGCUAUCACAACCCAACUCCCGGAGUUCUUGACUUCGAAACUGGAGCGCACGACUUCACCUCCAUCAUGACUCUCGCAGAAGAGCUCGGCAUGUACAUGAUAAUCAGGCCCGGACCAUACGUCAAUGCCGAAGCGAACGCAGGUGGAUUUCCUCUGUGGUUAACUACGGGCGCAUACGGUGGUUUGAGGGACAACGAUCCAAGAUACACCCAAGCCUGGACACCGUAUAUGAAUGCCUUGUCUCAGGUUGUUGCGCCUCACUUGAUUACCAAUGGUGGCAACGUCGUUCUGUUUCAGAUCGAGAACGAGCUCGAUGGGCAAUGGAAGAACAUUGCUACUAAGACUGAUAACCCGAAGGUUCAAGAGUACAUGGAGCUCUUGGAGCAGAACGCGAGGGAUAACGGGAUUGAUGUGCCAUUGACGCACAAUGCUCCCAACAUGAAUGGCUAUUCCUGGUCCAAGGACUUCUCGAACGCCACAGGCAAUGUGGACUUGGUUGGUUUAGACUCAUACCCUAGCUGCUGGAGUUGCAACUUAUCAGAAUGCACUGGGACGAACGGUAAAUAUGUUGCCUAUCAAACGGUGAACUACUACGACUACUUUACAAAACAGUCUCCAACCCAGCCAAACUUCAUGCCUGAGUUCCAGGGCGGAUCAUACAAUCCUUGGGGUGGCCCCGAAGGUGGUUGUCCAGGAGACAUUGGCGCCGACUUCGCAAACCUUUUCUACCGCAACCUGAUAUACCAGAGGGUAUCGGCCAUCUCGUUAUACAUGCUUUUCGGCGGUACUUCGUGGGGAUGGCAUGCUGCUCCUGUCGUGGCGACAAGUUACGAUUAUUCCUCGCCAAUCUCGGAGAAUCGGAUCAUUGGAAGCAAGUACUACGAGACCAAACUUCUGACGCAGUUCACGAGAGUUGCGAAGGAACUAACCAAGACCGAUCGUAUCGGCAAUAAUACGGGUUAUGCGAGCAACUCCGCCAUUGAGACUUCCGAAUUGCGCAACCCUGACACUGGUGCGGCCUUCUAUGUGACCAUGCAUGCUGACUCAUCAUCCUCAACUCUGGAAACUUUCACCCUGGAUGUUGACACUUCGGCUGGCCCCUUGACAAUACCCCAAUAUGGCGGUCUCAUCACUCUCAACGGCCAUCAAUCCAAGAUCAUCGUCACCGACUUCCAGUUCGGUCAGAAGUCACUGCUUUACUCAACAGCAGAAGUUCUCACGCACGCCAUAAUCGACAACAAGGAGGUGCUGGUCCUCUGGACUCCCGGAGGCGAAUCUGGCGAGUUCACUAUCGAGGAUGUGACGUCGGCUAGGUUAGCUUCGCGCAGUGGUUAUUCGAGCAUCAAAGUUCACCCUGGGGAGUCUAGUGUGACUAUCUCAUUUACAGAAAACUCUGGGAUGAGUUUAAUUGAUCUCAAUGAUGGCUCUAGAGUGGUGCUCCUCGAUCGCGCAGCUGCAUAUCUGUUUUGGUCGCCGUCCUUGAACAACGACCCAGCGGAGGCUGGAAAUGACACAGUACUGGUGCAAGGACCGUACCUUGUUCGCUCGGUGAGCCUGGAGGGUAACAGACUGGUACUGACUGGCGAUGUUGCAAACACAACCACCAUAAAGAUCUUCGCACCUAAGUCGGUUAAUACGGUCACCUGGAACGGAAAGAAGCUGCAGACAAACUCAAACAACGAAACGGUUUUGAGAGCGACCAUCGGUGGCGCAGAAGAUUAUUUACUUCCUGAGUUGAGUGGAUGGAGAUAUGCUGACAGCUUACCUGAGAUCAGCGGUAACUACUCCGCUACGAGCAAGGCCUGGGUUGCUGCGACCAACACCAACACUUCCAACCCCACAAAGCCAGCAUCGAACAACCCAGUACUAUACGUGGACGAUUAUGACAUUCACGUUGGAAACCACAUCUACCGGGCCACCUUCUCCGCUUCUUCCCAGCCGCCUACCGGCGUCUUCUUGAACAUCACAGGCGGCACAGCGUUCGGCUACUCGGCUUGGCUCAACUCGAAAUUCAUCGGCUCCUGGCUCGGCCUCUCCUGGAUUGACAAGCAAGGAUCGACCUUCUCUUUCGCGAACGCUACUCUCAACAAAAAUAAGGAUAAUGUGCUCGUCGUUGUCAUGGAUAACUCGGGCCACGAUCAACGAUCACUAGCGCUGAAUCCUCGAGGUAUCACCAACGCCACACUCAUCGGCCCGGGCGAGUACAAUUUCAGCGAGUGGAAGAUUGCAGGCACUGCCGGCCGGGAGGACGUCCUCGACACGAUCCGCGGACCGCUUAACGAGGGCGGGUUGUACGCUGAGCGAGUGGGCAUGCAUCUCCCUGGGUACAACGACAAGUCCUGGUCCAAGAUAGCAUCCAAUAGCACUAGCCUCGCCGUCCCCGGGGCCGGGAUUCGAACCUUCCGAACCGUCGUCCCUCUAUCUGUCCCAGCAGGUCUUGACGUGUCUAUCUCCUUUCGCCUCACCGCGCCCUCGAACUCGACAUUCAUAUCGCCAACCGGUGCCACGAACCAACUCCGCGCAUUGUUGUUCGUCAACGGUUAUCAGUACGGUCGGUUCAAUCCGUAUAUCGGGAACCAGAUCGACUUCCCUGUGCCGCCGGGGAUUUUGGAUUAUGAUGGGAAUAAUACGAUUGCAGUUACGGUGUGGAGUCAGAGUGCGCUGGGGGCAGAGAUGAGGGUUCAGUGGAAUGUAGACUAUGUACAUGAGACGAACUACGACAUGAGAUUUGAUGCGGAGUAUUUGAGGCCUGGAUGGGGCGUAGAGAGAUUGGAGUAUGCUUAAGGGGUGGGCAGAUGGGUUGGAUUACUCAAGGAAUCAUUAGGGAAUAUGUCUCAUGGUGGAAAUCAAUAUUGGGUGACGCUCAAAUCCUGAGUGGAGGUCUCCGGGUGCAUUUUACCCCUCGAAAGAAGGUGUGACCGGUGCAGUUCAGGGGGAGCAUCGCGCAUUCCUUUCCUCUUAAAGAAAACUUCAAGGAAGUUGUGACACCACAAAAGAGUCCAACGAAACUUGCAGCAAUUUCCCCAUAGCUUAAAUAAGCUGUUUUGGUGAAAUUUGUGCAAAUAAGCCUCUU